UUCAUUAGUUCCAAUUCCUGUAUUUCCUGCAUUUCCUGCAUUAGUUUGUUCCAUCUUGCUUAACUGAACACAGCCUAGUACAUGUAACAUUAACAGUAGAGUUUCGUAUACGAAAGUUUUUCAAGAAUUAAGGCCCUGCACCAGAGCACUACGUAUAUAUUUGAUUCCUUGGUUUUGUACGUUUUUCGCAGUCUUUCGUUCCUGGUCAAUACUGAAAAUAAUAUAUAGAGAUUUAUUGCUUUUUAAGUUCCAUUAUCACAUUGUGUCCAGUAAUUUAACUUUUAUACUCGAACAAGAUUUUCUCACAUGGAAACCAUGGACCACACUCAUGACGCAAACUCAGCAACAAGUGUAAAAGAAAACGAACUUAACAAAUUCGUCAAGAGUUCAAAUAAAGAUGUGAAGAAAUUGUGCGCCAAUUGUUUAAUGACGUAUGCAGCUUUUCAAACAAUGGACCGAGAUUUUAUUUCAAAAAUUGAUAUGAUCAAAAUAUGUGAUAAUUAUCAAAGUGCUUUUAUCGUUACGAAAGAUGAGAUAUAUGCAAUAGGAAAAAAUAGAAAUCAGUUUGGACUAGGAGAGUUUCAUAAGGAUAAGAAUUUUAAUACACCUUAUAAACUAGAUUUUUUAUCUACACAAAAAAUUAAAAAGAUAAUUUAUUUCACAUUUACUGUGAAAAACUCUGAUAAUAAAAAUAAUUCUUUUGUUAGUAUUGUACUUACUAAAGAAGGAAAGAUUUAUUUAUGGGGUGACAAUAAAGAGUACUAUCUGUUGGGAAAUAAAGAAUCAUCUUAUAGUGUAUACACACCUAUUCCAUUAAUACCUUUGUUCAGUGAAAUUGUCAUUGAUAUUGUAAGCUCUACUUAUCAUAUCCUUGCUCUGACUAAGAGUGGAAAAUUAUACACAUGGGGACAGAACAUAUAUGAUGGACCAAGAGAAAUAGGUACUUAUCUUAUUGAACAAAAGAUCAAACAAAUCUGUUGUGGUGCAUCCAACUUUAAUAUUGUUUUGACACAUUUUGGUGAAGUGUAUAGUUGGGGUAACAAUAAUUCCAAACAGCUGGGUAGAAAUUAUACCGACUAUUGUUACGGGAAAUGUUACGACGAAAACGUAAGACAAGUCGAUAUUGUGUCACAUACAAAAAUAGGUAAGAUAGCUUGUGGUUAUUCUCUUGUCAUUGCACUCACAGAUGAUGGAGAUUUAUUUCAUUGGGGCAGCUACGGUAAACAGGACAAAGAUUCUCCGGUUUCAGACAUGUGGGACGUUUUCGAUUGGAAUGAUAUACCAUACACUAUUUGUGUAUCACCAUCAUUAUCUUUGAAUAAUGUAGGCACUGAUGAAGCAUCAGAUGUAGUGGAAGACCUUGAAACUGCUUUUGAUGAUCCUUCGACAAGCGAUUUUGCUGUACAAAUAGAGGGCCAAGUUAUUCAUGUUCAUAAAUCAAUUCUGAAUAUUCGUAGUUUAUAUUUCAGAACCAUGUUCCAAAAUACAUGGAAGGAAAAUAAUCAAAAUGUCAUGAAUCAUGAUCAGUUUUCCUACAAUGUAUAUAAGAGUUUUCUGAAAUAUUUAUAUACUGGAAAAAUCGAUCUGUCUUUAAAAGAAAGAGUGGAUUUAUGUGCCUUAGCUGAUUCAUACUUAGAGACCAAACUAAAAAAUAAGUGUAUUCAGAUGCUUAAGGAGGAGGUUACUUUAGAAACUGCUGUUUCACUUUAUAAUGCUGCAGUUAAAUACAAUAUAGAGGAACUGCAAAAAUUGUAUUUCCAGUUUAUCGUGGAUAAUAUACAAUUGAUAAAGGAGACGGAAGAGUUUGUCAAUUUAGAUGACAAACUUAAAAUUCAGUUUCUACUUGCAGCCAUCAGUCAAUAGUCUUAAGACAAUUAUUUGUAAAAG